UAUAUAGAUGGGCUACCGCCAUGACCUUUCGAUUCCGUUUCGAUACGGCAGGAUAGCUCUUCCUAUUUGCUCGCUCUCUCCGUCUCUCGACGAAUCAAAAUAAAUCUGCAAUUGAAGAACGAGAAGGAUAUCGUAAUCUUGAUUUUAAUUUUUAAUUGAAGGGAGAAACAUGUCGUUCGACUUGCAAUUGAAGCCGUCAUGCAGUGGAUGUGGGUCGAAUUCGGAUUUGUACGGGAGUAAUUGCAAGCACAUGACCCUGUGCUUGACCUGUGGGAAAACGAUGGCUGAGAAUCGUGGCAAAUGCUAUGAAUGUGGCACGACUAUCACACGCUUGAUUCGAGAAUAUAAUGUCCGAGCAAGUCCAAGCAGCGAUAAGAACUUCUUCAUUGGUAGAUUCGUGUCAGGGUUACCAAAUUUUUCAAAGAAGAAAAAUGCUGAAAAUAAAUGGUCUCUGCAGAAAGAAGGACUACAAGGUCGCCAACUCACUGAUGCCUUGCGGGAGAAGUACAAGAACAAACCCUGGCUUUUGGAGGACGAGACAGGGCUGUCUCAAUACCAGGGUCAACUUGAAGGGGCACAAUCGGCAACUUAUUACCUACUGAUGAUGCAAGGAAAAGAGUUUUCUGCCAUUCCUGCUGGUUCAUGGUACAACUUUAAUAAGGUUGCACAAUAUAAACAACUUACCUUGGAGGAAGCCGAAGAAAAGAUGAAAAACAGGAAAAAGACUGCAGAUGGAUAUCAAAGAUGGAUUAUGAAAGCUGCAACUAAUGGAGCUGCUGCGUUUGGUGAAGUGGAGAAGUUGAAUGAUGAGGAGAAUGAUUCUGGUGGUGGGAGGGGACGGAAAAAGAAAGCUGGUGAUGAUGAUGAAGGUAAUGUCUCAGAUAGGGGUGAGGAAGAUGAAGAGGAGGAGGCUGAAAGGAAUAAUAGACUUGGACUUAACAGAAGAGGUGGUGACGAUGAUGAGGAAGGUCGAAGGGGUGGCGAUCAUGAUUUGGACGAUGAUGAUAUUGAGAAGGGUGAUGAUUGGGAACAUGAAGAAACCUUUACGGAUGAUGAUGAGGCUGUUGGUAAUGAUCCUGAGGAACGGGAAGACUUGGCCCCUGACCUUCCUGCUCCUCCAGAAAUAAAAGAGGAUGAAGAUGAGGAAGAUGAAGAAAAUGGGGAAACAAAACUGAGCAUAUCAGGAAAAGAAUUGAAGAAAUUACUCGGAAGGACUGCUGGUCUGAAUGACUCAGAUGUGGAAGAAGAUGAUGACGAUGAUGAUAUGGAAGAUGAGGGCUUUUCUCCUGUACAGGCUCCCAAACAAAAGGAUGCACUGAAGGAAGAACCUACUGACAGUAGCCCAUCAAAACCAGCACCUUCUGGUUCUGCACGAGGAACCCCAUCUUCGAAGUCAGCAAAAACAAAGAGAAAGUCAAAUGGUGAUGAUGUAAAAGCACCUAAUGGAGCACCUCCGAAGAAGAUUAAAACAGAAAAUGAAUUAAAAUCUUCUGCUAAAAAUGAAAGUCUUCCUGCUUCUAAAAGUGGUGUGCCCCCAAAAGGUGCUACAGCACCCCCACAAUCAUCAUCGAAAGUAGGCUCAACAUCAUCUACUGAGCCUGUAACUGAAGAUGAAAUCAGGGCUGUCUUAAUGCAAAAGACCCCUGUGACCACCCAGGAUCUCGUUGCAAAGUUCAGGACACGACUGAAAUCCAUAGAGCAGGACAAGAGAGCUUUUGCGGAUAUUCUGAAGAGAAUUUCUAGGAUUCACAAGACUAAUAACGGGUCUGGUUACAUUGUGCUGAAAGAUAAGUGAUGAUUCGAUCCCAUGGGUCAACUUCGUCGCCGACUCAUAAUGGUCUUGAACUGCAAUUGGAGUGACUUUUGACUUGCUGCUUAUGUUUCCUUCUUUUCUCACUAGAGUAGCCCAGUGAUGACUGCAAAGACCUUCUGUUAUGGGCCUCAAAUUGAACUGUCAAAAGGUUCCGUUGAUACGAGAGUAGUGAUGCUAAUGUACCACUACCAGUAUAUGUUUCAUGGAUCUGUUUGCUUGCAUUGACAACAAUUUGUGUUUCUUCUUCCUAUGUGUAAACAACGUCUAGCAUUAUAAGAUGUGUGGUUUAUUUAUGCUAUACAUGAUAUGGAAAUGUUAAUAUGCAUCAAUCAUCUGAUCA